AUGUCCUUUUGUGAUGAAGAAAUGCUACAUUAAUAUUAUUAGAAUCAUAUCGAUUUGUGUUAAUAGCAAAUAGGAAAUUACAAUUUAAUUGAAUAACAAUGCUAAUAAUGUGGUGAAUAGAUUAUUAAGCUUUAUCAGAACGAUCACUUAGAGAUAUGUCCAGGUAACUUUUGGAUUGAAGUUAAAUGUCCAUAUUGCUCUUCUCCAAUAUUAAAAGCUUAUCUAAAGGAACAUAUUACUUAAUGCAAUAUUUAUAUUGAGUAAUAAUAAAGGGAAAUAAAGGGAAUUAAGAAUUGUUCAAUAUGUUUAGAAGAUAUUUUAGAAAAAAGGGCUGAUUUAAAAUGUUCUCAUUCUUUUCAUUAAGAAUGUAUUGAAAAUUGGUUAAAAUAAAGGUAAAAAUGCCCAAUUUGUAAAAGAAUCAACGACAAGGCUUAUAUUUAGUGA